AUGCAAUACCUCCUCCUACUCACUCUGGCCACGGGCUCAUGCGCCUUUCUCUUUGGAGGUGGUGGCUGCGGAUGCGCGCCUCCCCCACCACCACCCUGCGGGUGUGGCAGUGGCUUCGCACUUCCGCCGCUUCAACUGCCAUCGCUCUUUCCGUCUGCCUGCGGAUGUGCACCACCUCCGCCACCUCCGUGCGGAUGUCCUCCAACACCGUGCGGUAACGGAUGCGGAAAGUAA